AUGUGCGAGUGCCAUGCGGCAGACGCCGACAAGUGCCAGAACUCGGUGAACCCGAACGCCACGUCGGGCACUGUAGCCCAGUUUGGCGAGUGCAGCGAUCAGCUCCAGUGCGUCGACUCGUAUGGCUACAUUGCCACGUCUCAGGAAGAAGGCCCCGUCUGCGCUGAGCGGCUGCACUGUCUGCAGGAGAUGAACUCGGAGGCGACGCAGCCGGCGUCCAUCUGCCACACGUGCAUGUCGUGCAUUGUGCAGAACUACGUGGCCGAGAAGCAGUUGGCAGCCGCCAAGCGCUUCAACUGUUCGGCCAUUUGCCCGAAAGAGGUCCUCGACACUGGGGCCGAGCGCAAUGCCGCGGGCGUCGGGAUCGCCGACUCGUAUACGGUCACAAGCUCAGCCAGUGGCGCAGGAGAUAGGGAUAAUGCCACGACACGGCCGGAAAACGCGACGACCCCGCGCGAGACGAGUGGAUCGUCGAUGGUGAAGCCGCAGACAAACAUCGGAGCGAUUGCCGCGGCGAUUGCGGCUGUCGUGCUCGUUGCCGCGGCGAUUGUGGCCGUUGUGCUCGUUGCCGCUCUGAACUAA